CUCCCACUCUCCAACGGCCAAACGGCACUUCCCCAUAUGGCGCUGCGGUCACUGCUUCCCGCCAUCACUUCCCAAACCAGACCCAACGCUUUCCCAAUCUACCCUCCAUCUUCUCCAAAAUUUCAACCAGCCCUCUCCCCUUCCUCCAGCUACCUCCAGUUGCGGUCGAGCUCUGUUUUCCACCAGCAAUGGAGUGGCGCCUUCACUGCUUCCUGCCUUAAGCAGGAAGUGAAGGAGGCUACUCCAGUUGCGACGGUGUGGGGGAAGGUCUCAGCCGUCCUCUUCGACAUGGACGGUGUACUCUGCAACAGUGAGGUGCUUGCACGACAGGCCGCCGUUGAUGUCUUCACGGAGAUGGGCAUUGAUGUUGAGGCUGAGGAUUUCGUGCCGUUCAUGGGAACUGGUGAUGCGAAUUUUUUGGGAGGUGUAGCUGCAUUAAAAGGAAUCACAGGAUUUGAUUGCCAGGUGGCCAAGAAACGCUUUUAUGAGAUCUAUCUUGAAAAGUAUGCUAAACCGGAAUCUGGAAUUGGAUUCCCGGGUGCACUAGAACUCAUUAUGCAGUGUAAAAGCAAUGGUCUUAAAGUAGCUGUUGCAUCUAGUGCUGAUCGCGUCAAGGUUGAUGCCAAUUUAGCUGCUUCUGAUUUACCGCAGUCGAUGUUUGACGCAAUCUUGUCAGCAGAUUCUUUUGAGAAUUUGAAACCUGCUCCAGAUGUAUUUUUAGCUGCAUCGAAGAGCUUGAAUGUGCCUGCGAGUGAGUGUAUUGUGGUUGAAGAUGCACUUGCUGGAGUACAAGCUGCCAAAGCAGCACAAAUGAGAUGUAUUGCUUUAACAACUACAUUAUCAAGGGAGGCUCUACAACAACUUGGUCCAUCACUUAUCAGAAAGGAGAUAGGAAAUAUUUCACUUCGUGACAUUCUCAAUGGCGGUGGUUCUGAUCACCAUAAUGAGAAGAUGCAGGGUUCCCAAGAUGGUCAUUCUUCAACACGGAGUUCUGUAGAGCUGCUCAAUGAGACAACAGAUGGUCAGGCAAACCAGGACAUGCAGUCUGGAAGGUUGCAGGGUUCUCGCCGAGAUAUUUUGAGAUAUGGGAGUUUGGGCAUUGCUGUGUCUUGUUUCAUUUUUACUGCCACCAAUUGGAAGGCAAUGCAAUAUGCAUCUCCAAAGGGUGUCCUAAAUAUGUUACUUGGGGUCAACCAGCCAAACCUUGAUCAGAAGAAAGGAGAAUCACAAUCUUCAAGAAUCCAACAAUUUGUGAAAUAUAUAUCUGAUGUUGAAGCCAGCGGGACUACCCCUACUGUCCCAGAGUUUCCAUCUAAACUUGAUUGGCUGAAUACAGCUCCACUUCAAUGGCACAGGGAUUUGAAAGGAAAGGUGGUUCUACUGGACUUUUGGACAUAUUGCUGUAUAAACUGUAUGCAUGUUUUGCCAGAUCUCGAUUUCUUGGAGAAGAAAUAUAAUGAUAAGCCGUUUACAGUUGUUGGAGUGCAUUCUGCAAAGUUUGAUAAUGAGAAGGACCUAGAAGCCAUUCGAAAUGCAGUGUUGCGCUAUAACAUCACACACCCAGUUGUCAAUGACGGGGAUAUGUAUUUAUGGAGAGCAUUAGGUAUAAAUUCAUGGCCUACAUUUGCUAUCGUGGCCCCUAGUGGUAAGCUCUUAGCACAGAUAUCAGGCGAAGGUCAUCGAAAGGAUCUUGAUGAUUUUGUAGAGGCAGCUCUUCAAUUUUAUGGAGAAAAGAAGAUCCUGAACAACAGUAGCAUUCCCUUGGCUUUAGAGAAGGAUAGCGAUCCACGUUUAUCGACAUCACCGUUGAAAUUUCCCGGAAAGCUGGCUAUUGAUGUGCUAAACAAUAGGCUUUUUAUUUCAGACAGUAACCAUAACCGCAUCGUGGUAACGGAUCUACAAGGGAAUUUUAUUGUCCAAGUUGGGAGCACUGGAGAAGAGGGUCUACGUGAUGGUACCUUCGACAUUGCCACCUUCAAUCGGCCUCAGGGCCUGACAUACAACCCAAAGAAAAAUGUGCUGUAUGUAGCAGAUACCGAGAAUCAUGCUUUGAGGGAGAUUGAUUUUGUGAAUGAGAUGGUGCAGACUCUUGCUGGAAAUGGAACCAAAGGUUCUGACUACAAAGGGGGAGGAAAAGGGACCAGUCAGGUUCUUAACUCUCCAUGGGAUCUUUGCUUUGAGCCUGCCAGUGAGAUAGUUUACAUCGCAAUGGCUGGGCAGCAUCAAAUCUGGGAGCACAAUACAUUAGAUGGAGUUACAAGAGCUUUUAGUGGUGAUGGUUUUGAAAGAAACUUGAAUGGGUCAAGCGCUGCAAGCACAUCAUUUGCACAGCCUUCUGGAAUAUCUUUAUUCCCUGAUUCGCUGGAGGCGUAUGUUGCUGAUAGUGAAAGCAGUUCCAUAAGAGCACUUGAUCUGAAAACAGGAGGAUCGAGAUUGCUUGCGGGGGGUGAUCCUGUUUUUUCAGAAAAUUUGUUUAAGUUUGGAGACCAUGAUGGAAGUGGCUCAGAUGCACUUUUCCAACAUCCCUUGGGCGUCUUGUGUGGGAAGGAUGGUCAGAUUUAUAUUGCAGACUCUUACAAUCACAAGAUCAAGAAACUCGAUACAGUGAGUAAAAGAGUUGUUACGUUAGCAGGUACCGGGAGUGCUGGUUUCAAGGACGGAUCAGCCCUAUUAGCUCAGCUGUCAGAGCCAUCAGGACUUGUUGAAGCUGGAAAUGGAAAGUUCUUCAUCGCAGAUACGAACAACAGCAUAAUCAGAUGUCUAGAUUUGAAUGAAAAAGAUGCAGUUCUCCGUACUUUGGAACUGAAAGGAGUCCAACCACCGUCACUAAAAUCAAGAUCCUUCAAACGCCUUAGAAGCCGGCCAUCUGCUGACACCCAAAUUGUUAGGAUCGAUGGCAGUUCCUCCACAGAAGGAAACUUGUUUAUCAAAAUAUCUGUCCCCGAAGGAUACCAUUUCUCCAAGGAAGCACAAAGCAAGUUCGAUGUGGACAUCGAGCCAGACAAUGGAGUCGUUGUCGAACCCUCAAAAGGGGUUCUCAGUCCAGAAGGAUCUGUUUCCAUUCAUUUCAGGAGGUCCACCUCUUCACCUGCCAUGGGGCGAAUAAACUGCAAGUCACUGUGGAGAAAGAUGGGCACACAACUCAAUUUUAGCUGUGCGUAUCAUUCACAAACCAAUGGACAGAUGGAGGUGACACACCAUAGCCUCAGAAAUCUGUUAUGGGCACUAGUGGGAGACAAGCCUAAGCAGUGGGACAGCUCUAUCUCAAGCGGAGUUUGCCUAUAAACCAUUCAACAAAUCAUAUUACAAAGAUGAGCCCUUUUGAGGUGGUCUAUGGAAUUAAUCUGGCGACUGUGUUGGAUCUUGUUCCCAUACCGCAAGUUGGCUGGUCUAGUGGGAAGGCCAAUAAUUGGCAAAACAUUUGCAGGGCAUUCAUUCUAAGGUGCAAACUCAAAUUGAAGCACAAAACACCUGCCACAAGGAAGCAACAGAUACACAUAAACAUUGAGUCGUUCUUGAAGUAGGUCAUUACAUGUGGGCCGUGCUCACCAAGGAGCACUUUCCUGCUAGUGACUACCACAAACUAGGAGAAAAAGAUUGGCCCUCAUAUGAUCAUAGAGAAGACCAAUGAUAAUGCCUACCAUCUUCGAUUGCCUAGCCGCAUACAAACAGUGAACGUAUAUCAAGCAUCUUGUCCCAUACGUUGGUGGCACCACCAAUUUGAAAAAGAAUGUGAUGACUCGAGGACGAGUCCUUCCCAAUAAGGUAGGCUAAUACAGUGCAAGUGGACCUGACCUAUAUGGAGGUCUGGGAUCGAUUAGGGCAGCCAACACCACAAGACUUAAGCCUACCAAGGUUAGUUACGAAGUUUGUUACAAGGCUGUUUAGUAGUUCCAGGGCUUAUUACAAGUACUUGUUUUGAAGAUUGUAGGACAUUUUGUUGAAUAUGAAUGAAAUUUCAUUUCUUAGAGCAAAAGACUUGAGAUAUCUUCUUGAAUUUAGAUAGGUUUUUGGAUUGAAUUUACAAUCCAACAACUUUCAAAUUCUCCUCAACUCACUUCUCCUUUCCUUCUCUUGUUUUCUUUUGGAUCAAAAGCCGGGCUCCGUUGAUCUGUCCAUCCUGUACAUAGCUACUAUCCCAUACAUGGAAUGGGAAAAGGAUAACCAGAAAAAUAAGGCCAAAAUCAAGAACAGGUUGAAUCACCCAAUCAAUGUGAUUUUUGCAUUUUAGCCUAUGAAAUUUUUUCCUGACUUGAUGGACAGUUCAGACUCAUCUAUUGAACUGUCCAAAAUCCCCCUAACUUAUGAUAAUUAUAAAACUAGGCACAGGAUUCCAUACACGUGGGACCAUUGUAUGUUAGGGCUGUCAAUGGCCGGGCUGGCCUGACAGGCUUUCAGACAGGCUUCGGCUUGAAUACAAGCCCGAGGCCAUUUAGUAAUAUAUCAUGCAUGAUGGGACAUGCCUAGCUCAAGCUUGGGUCAUGCACAAUCAUCAUGGUCGUGGAUUGGGCCUGUUUGUUCUGACCUGUCAUGGGCCCGGGUUAGGCUCAGGCCUAGGAUUUUGUAUGUGUGCCGGGCUUGGACAGAUCUCGGGCUGCCCCACUGACAACGCUGUAGUCCAUUGGUCCAAAUCCCUAGCAUUUUGGGGCAUGCCUCGAAAAUCUUCUGGAUAAGAAGAUCCUAACCCUUGGAUCAAUGAUUUCCAAAUCGACGGUUAACAAGAAAAAAACAGAAAUUGUCCCCAACCCAAUGAAAAACAAUCCUACGAGCAAAGUGGGCCCCACAUGCAUGGAAUCCUUUAAGGACAGCCCCAGCCCCUAGAGCUGUCACUGGGCUAGGCCCAGGGAUGGUUUUGGCAGGAAUUUUAAACUGUUUCGGCUCGGCCUGUCUGGCCCACCAUAAUCAAAAUUUUGAUUUUUCUCAGGCCCACACCCGGCCCAUUGAUAGCACUACCAACCCCACAUAAUUACUAAUUUGGUAGAAUGCUUGAUAUGUUUGAUUUCUGAUUCUACCAUGCUUCAGAGUGUGGUAAUCCUCAUGAAUUAUCAAAAUCCAUGGGCAUUUUUGUCAUCUAAAAAUGAUUACUUUGAUGACUUCGAUGCCUUCGAGUCGAAGGUAAGGUCAGGAAUGGGCUGGGCAGGGCUCAUCCCAAGCCUAGCCCAUGUAAUAAUGUGGUCCACAACUCUGGGCUGUCCUAGCCAUGGCUCAGCCAACUUAUUUAUCAUGGCUGAAAUGUAGGGCUGUCAAUGGACACCCAGACUGGACCUGACCCAAUUUUAACAGGUCCAGGUCCAAUUUGUUACACCCAUCAAGAACUUGGGUCGCGUUCGUGUCUCACCUUGCAGGACCUGAUUUAAUUCGGGUCUAAUUGGGUUCAAGUCAGGUUCAUCAGCUUGGACCCAGUUGAAAUCUGGUCACUUCAGGUCAAGUUGGGUCCUGGUCAGGUCUAGUUAUUUUUAAUGGUAAUGUUGCAAGUGUUGAAUAUAUUGAGAAAGCCCAUUUACACACCAUGCAUGUGUCAAAGUGGCACAUGUGUGUAUGAUCUAAUCUAUCCAUCAGAUGGACCCACCCAUGUAACUGCUCUUAUUUAAUCCAAACCCAACUAGAAACCAAGAUCUAAUAACGAAAUGGGUACCUGACAGUACCCAGACCCAAUUGGACCCAGGUACUGAUAUUCAAGAAUGAGACUAGACCCAGAAAAACCAAAACCCGGUUUAAGGGUGCUAUAGGACCUGACCGUUGAUAGCCCUACUGAAAUCAUUUUUUU